AUGCGCGAACUGCUCCUAGCCCUACCUCAAGAUUCAGAUUAUUCUUCAAACCACAAGGUCAAGGAAGCUGCCCACACAUUGUGUAAAAAGUUCCUGGCAAACCAAUGGUCAUCAGCUUCAUCGGAAAAUGUAAAAUUGAAGCAAAUCACUGGAGGCACUUCUAAUUUACUGUUUCUGGUUAGUGUAGACCAUGCAGAACAACAUCGUCGCAUUCCGAAUCAGAUUCUGAUCCGAAUCAACUUUUCUCCAGAUGGCGCUAGCCAAUGGCUAACUGAAAGUGUCAUCUUCAGUCAGUUGAGUGAAAAGAAGAUCGGUCCGAAACUUUAUGGAGUUUUCGAGCAGGGAAGGCUGGAGGAGUUUAUACCGGUAAGUCUUUGGUUUAUUGUUUUUGAUACCUAGAUGAAUACUAGUACUGGAUAAAGAAAAGUAAUGGUAUCAUGUAAAGUCAGAUAAUGUAAUGCUACUUUUAGUCCAGACCGUUGACUACUCUCGAGUUGUGGAACAACGAGUUUAGCAAAGAAAUCGCUGAAAAGUUGGCCAGAAUUCAUAAAAUUAGUGCUCCAAUUGACAAAGAACCUACUUUUAUCAUGGACUGUAUAGAUAGGUAUGUUAGUUUAAGUUGCAAUUUAGAAUUUUAAAAUCUUAAUAUUUCAAGCCAAUAUGAACAAACUCAUUUUUAUCAAAAUUCGGUUUUAGAUGGUUCGAACGAUACGUUGAAGUAAUGGACCGAAAGUCAGGAAAGAUAGAAGUAAAACUACCAAAAGUGUACAAGAAUGAGCUUACGAUAGGAAAAGAAGAGCUUAAAAAGGAAAUAGAGUUCAUAAGGUAUGAUUUAUCUUUAAAACUAUAUCAUCAUUGAUUACUUUAUAUAUGUUUUUGUUAGUUGCAUCUGCAAAAACUUAGAUAUGAUAGUAGGUCUAACUUUUGUAGAUAUCUUUACUUUAAUAAUAGGUAAGUAAAAAGUAGAUAAUAGUAGAGGUAGGCGUAUUUUAACAUCUUAUUUUCAGAAACGCCUUAACAAAAACGAAAAGUAAAGUAAGGUUUUGUCAUAACGAUUUACAAGAGAAUAACAUAUUACUGGUCGAUAAACCUCAACAUGAAGGAAAAAAGUUAUCGUUCAUUGACUUUGAAUACGCUUGCUACAACUAUCGGUAAGUUAUAAGAGUAGUUAUUUAUUCUUACUAAUAGGGGAACCAUUAUAUUGGUAAUGAUCACUAUUACAUUCUUUCCUCCUGCUCCUUAAAGGCCAGGGAGAGAAGUUAUAGUAAAUACACCGUGACUCAUACCACAAUAUUUUCAGAGGCCACGACAUAGCCAACCAUUUUAACGAGCAUGUCAUAAACUAUACCCAGCCGGAUUAUCCCUACUACGAAGUUUACUAUGACAAAGAGUUGGAUCAAGCUCAUAUGCUCAACUUCUGUCGCAACUACCUCAAGGAAUAUCAUAAUCAAGAGCCAAAGGAUUCUGAAGUACGAGAGCUUCUGGAUGAGACGUUACCGUUCUUGCCUAUUUCUGACUUCCUUUGGGCAAUUUGGUCACUUUACAUGGGGGAAACAUCACCGAUCAGCUUUGGGUAUAAGGUAAGGGCUUGAUUUUUAGGUAUUUUACAGGGUGUUUCACCAUAUUUUGUUUGUAGAAACGAGUUAUAUCUUUGCAACUACAUGUGCUAUAACUCUAAAUUUUGGUACACUGGUAGUAGAGACUGGUACAAUUUUUUGUGCAAAAUUUUGGAUUUUAUUAAGUGCUUUUUAAGGUCGUCAUUAAUUUUUGAAAAUGAGCAUUUUUCGCCAAAAUACACAUAUUUUCGGUUGAAAAUGCUUUUUUUACUCAAAAUUUUUCUAAGUUUUCAAUUCUUUUGAUACAAAUCGCAUUUUCAAUGUUUUCAAAGACUUGGCGGAGACUCGGCGGACGCCUAAAUUUAUCGGCGGAGGCUAUAACUUGCUUCAAACAUAACUUAGCGGCGUGAAACAAAAAGCAUUAGUUUUAAAAUUAUCAGGGCAAUCUCCACUGAUACGCUUGGCUUCAAAGUUUUUAAAACACAAAAAAUUAAAAAAAUUUUAACGUAUUUCAUCUUUUAGUUUACUUAAUAACAGAAAAAAACUAACAAGAUACAACAUGUGAUAUAUUUGCGGUUUAACUUUUGAAGAAAGUGAGUUUAUCAUAACUUUUGAACAUAAGUAAAAUUUUUUAAAACUGCGUCUAUUGCUGAACGUUAAUAUCUUUUGAUUUAACUUUUUUGUGAAUUUUUAAUUUAGAGUUAUUUUCAAACAAGUUUAGCGUCAGUGAAGAUGGGCCUGAUAAUUUUAAAACUAAUGCUUUUUGUUUCACGCCGCUACGUUAUGUUUGAAGCAAGUUAUAGCCUCCGCCGAUAAAUUUAGGCGUCCGCCGGGUCUCCGCCAAGUCUUUGAAAACAUUGAAAAUGCGAUUUGUAUCAAAAGAAUUGAAAACUUAGAAAAAUUUUGAGUAAAAAAAGCAUUUUCAACCGAAAAUAUGUGUAUUUUGGCGAAAAAUGCUCAUUUUCAAAAAUUAAUGACGACCUUAAAAAGCACUUAAAAAAUCCAAAAUUUUGCACAAAAAAUUGUACCAGUCUCUACUACCAGUGUACCAAAAUUUAGAGUUAUAGCACAUGUAGUUGCAAAGAUAUAACUCGUUUCUACAAACAAAAUAUGGUGAAACACCCUGUAAAGGUGUUUUGAAUCAAAAUGAAGUUUCUCGAUAUACCUUUUUAUUGUUUUAUAGUAAUAUGAGGUUUCAUAUUGACUCCAAUAUUACUCUCAUACAUGACUCCCAACCACUUGACUAAUCACCCGAAAGUGUGAAACCCGUCCCACUUUUUGUUGUUCAUAAUCAAGUCCAUAAAUCAUUUUCAGACGUACGCUGAAGACCGCUUCGGACUCUACUUCAAGAACCGGCGCCAUCUUGCAACGAUGUAA